AUGCGGCUACCAUGUGUCUCUAGAGCACUAAGACCAAGACCAAGGCAAUUGACUCAUCUCCUCAAUGGUCAAAAAUGCACAUACUCAGCCGUCGUGCUUGGCGGUGGCAUCACAGGACUCACAGCCGCCUGGCAACUCGCGCAAGACCCCAUAUGCAAAUCGAUCACCUUGUUCGAGAAAACAGACCGGCUUGGUGGUUGGAUCGAUUCUGAAACAGUUCCUGUCGAUGGUGGCAAUGUCGUGUUCGAGUAUGGGCCGCGGACUUUAAGGAGCUCGCUCCCAGGGUCACUCCCUCUGCUUUACCUGGCGACAAAUCUAGGCUUGUACAAAGACCUCAUUGUUACCCCUAACACGAGCCCCGCGGCCCAGAAUCGCUAUAUUUACUACCCGGACCGUCUCGUUCGUAUGCCGGCGCCGAAGCCUGAACUUUCUUUUGCGGAGAACUUCGACAGCUUUGUGAAUACUAUGAUGGAGCCGCUAUUUAACAAAUUUCUUUCAGGGAUAGUGAAGGAUGUCUUCACUCCACCCCGCCACCCAACUGAAUGGGCGGAAGAUGAGUCUGUUGCGGACUUCAUCGGACGUCGUUUUGGCCCCAAAGUUGCAGAUAAUAUAGUCUCCGCUGUGUACCAUGGGAUUUAUGCUGGUGAUAUCGAUCAAUUGAGUGCUCAAACACUGUUGGGGAGCGUCCGCAACCUUGAGGGAGGUAUUGGGGGCAUCGGUGGGUUAGUUUCUGGUGGAGUUACGGCCUCUCUCAUCUCCAGGUCGCUCUCCAAAACGAAAACUCGGAAUAUGGAAGACUUUAUGGCUAUAGACGCCAUUUCUGCAGGCCCUGAAUUAGUGCGCCGUCAGCAUGAUUUAGAGGUCCUCGCAGCUGGAGCUAGUACUUUCACCUUUAAGAGGGGAGUUGGCCAGCUUACUGAAGCACUGGUCGCUUCAUUGAAAGCAUCCGGCAAAGUCCGCUUCCAAAUGAACAAGGAAAUCACAGGUUUGCGUGCAUUGGCACGUGCUCCUGCGAUUGCGAUGGAAUUCUGGUCAGACAGGCACAGCCAAGUCAAGACCUUUGAGUAUGACUAUGUCAUCUCCACCAUUCCUCCAGUUGCACUUGCGAAGACCAUGCGGAAAACCGAGCAGUUAGAAGCCAAGCUGUACCCUGUCGGCUUGACCCCAUUACUGCUACGAAGACAGGACUAUGCUGUGACCGUAUUAGUCGUCAAUCUGUAUUACCCAAAUCCCAACCUUCUACCCGUGGAGGAUGGCUUUGGAUACCUCAUACCGCGUUCGAUUCCCUACGAACAGAACCCAGAAUGUGGACUUGGCGUCAUCUUCGCCUCGUCCUCUAGUGUAGGGAACGGGACAGAUCCUUCAUCAUCUGAAGUCAACCAAGAUUCCGCACCUGGAACGAAAAUCACCGUCAUGCUAGGUGGACAUUACUGGGAUGGCUUCGAAGAGUAUCCAGACCACGACACCGCAGUGAAAAUGGCUCGCGACAUGCUCAAGAGACAUAUGAAUAUCACUGAUACCCCGACUGUUACACGGAGCCGUCUCCAGAAGGAUGCUAUUCCCCAGUACACAGUCGGCCAUCUGGAUCGCAUGUAUAAGCUCUCGGACACAGUUCGUAAAGAUUACCAGAAGCGGCUUAUUCUCGCUGGAAAUUGGUAUAAUGGCGUGAGUGUGGGCGACUGUGUCAAGCAGGGUAUCUUAUCUGCCACCUACGGCAUCGGAAGAAACCGGCUCAACUACGAGCCCAGUCCAUGGCGUCCGUGGACUUCGUUUGAUUAUAAACGCUGGAAACUUGAGGGUGGCAUUGUGAUGUCUCCUGUCCGUCUUGUUGACUCCAAAAUCUGA